AUGACAGAAGCCAAUGCCGCACUGCGAGUGAUCCAUCAGUGUGGCAUCAUUCAGCCCCAUCACAAAAUGAAGCUGCAGAGAGCUGCAGGUAAAGAGCGACAGCUUCAGCACAAGCUGAAGCUGGACACAAGUCCUGUUGUCUUUAUGGCUCUGAGCUAUGACAUGAGAUGGGUCAGAGAUUAAUAUUCUUCCUCCAGACAGAAGCUGAUGGAAACUCUGUUCUAUUAACUGCAGGACCAACAUAACUCUGUGGGGUAAAGCCUCAAGGUCAUACCUCUCCUGUACACACACUCAAAGAAAACAGGUUUACAGUCUGGAUUCAUGUGAAAUCUGAAUUACCAACACUCAAGGGCACCUGCUUGUUCUAAGGUUCAACUGACCUCGCAUAGCAUUGACUGUGCCAGCUUUAGGACCCACCAGAUGUUCACCAGUGCUAUCUGCUAUGCUGUGAGAGACAGAGUUUAGGACCACCCAAUUGGAAAAAAAAAAGGGAAUUCAAGAUAAAAGCUGUCAAAAUAGGAUCAUGAACUUGCAAAGUUAUGAAGAGACAACAGAUAUUAAAUGAUUUUACUCUGUAUUUUAUUCUGUAAAAUAACUGAACUGGUGAAUGCAGAGCAUCGUAUGAACUCAAACUUAAAUCAGUGUUUCAUAAAAAACCUAAAACCUAAUGCUGAAUUUGAUCAAAUUGUGUAGGUAUUUAAGGAUGUCAUGUACAGCAGGCCUACAGUCUGUAAAUGCCUCUAACACUACAGCAGUUGCUUCAACUUCACUUUAUCCUCCUGAGCUGAUUAUGGAGGUCUCCUAAAAUCACAAUUUAAUUCCUGCAAGUGUACAACACUUUGUGAUUUCCUGUAUUUAUUUUCAUGAAUUCAUGAAUGAAUGCUCCACCUGCUGUUUAUGACACAAACUGCAGGUCCCCACAUUUAGGAAGCUUAACAGACUAAAUUAACUCUUGCAGCGCCUGUGAGGAGUUUUUUACUGUCAUUAAAUGGAGUGAAAUUCAUGUUAAUGCUUUUUUAUAGGAAACAAAACGAUUAGCCAUGAGUUCAAGAUUUUUUUGUUGCAGUUUUUAUAAUGAUGUUGGUGUAAAGAGGGAGGGGAGGGGGAUUCUACUGCUCACCCAUCGUUUGCUAUUCUUUGUCGUCCAUCAUCUGUCUAUGAAAGGUAACCCCUGUAAAAGGACCAUGACCAUGAACCAACAGGAUCAUGCUUCUCUCCAGUCUGAUAUCAGUGUUAUACACUCACCGGCCACUUUAUUAGGUACACCUGUCCAACUGCUCGUUAACACUUAAUUUCUAAUCAGCCAAUCACAUGGCAGCAACUUAGUGCAUUUAGGCAUGUAGACAUGGUCAAGACAAUCUCCUGCAGUUCAAACCGAGCAUCAGUAUGGGGAAGAAAGGUGAUUUGAGUGACUUUGAACGUGGCAUGGUUGUUGGUGCCAGAAGGGCUGGUCUGAGUAUUUCAGAAACUGCUGAUCUACUGGGAUUUUCACGCACAACCAUCUCUAGGGUUUACAAAGAAUGGUCCGAAAAAGAAAAAAUAUCCAGUGAGCGGCAGUUCUGUGGGCGGAAAUGCCUUGUUGAUGUCAGAGGUCAGAGGAGAAUGGCCAGACUGGUUCGAGCUGAUAGAAAGGCAACAGUGACUCAAAUAACCACCCGUUACAACCAAGGUAGGCAGAAGAGCAUCUCUGAACGCACAGUACGUCGAACUUUGAGGCAGAUGGGCUACAGCAGCAGAAGACCACACCGGGUGCCACUCCUUUCAGCUAAGAACAGGAAACUGAGGCUACAAUUUGCACAAGCUCAUCGAAAUUGGACAAUAGAAGAUUGGAAAAACGUUGCCUGGUCUGAUGAGUCUCGAUUUCUGCUGCAACAUUCGGAUGGUAGGGUCAGAAUUUGGUGUCAACAACAUGAAAGCAUGGAUCCAUCCUGCCUUGUAUCAACGGUUCAGGCUGGUGGUGGUGGUGUCAUGGUGUGGGGAAUAUUUUCCUGGCACUCUUUGGGCCCCUUGGUACCAAUUGAGCAUCGUUGCAACGCCACAGCCUACCUGAGUAUUGUUGCUGACCAUGUCCAUCCCUUUAUGACCACAAUGUACCCAACUUCUGAUGGCUACUUUCAGCAGGAUAAUGCGCCAUGUCAUAAAGCUAGAAUCAUCUCAGACUGGUUUCUUGAACAUGACAAUGAGUUCACUGUACUCAAAUGGCCUCCACAGUCACCAGAUCUCAAUCCAAUAGAGCAUCUUUGGGAUGUGGUGGAACGGGAGAUUCGCAUCAUGGAUGUGCAGCCGACAAAUCUGCGGCAACUGUGUGAUGCCAUCAUGUCAAUAUGGACCAAGCUCUCUGAGGAAUGCUUCCAGCACCUUGUUGAAUCUAUGCCACGAAGAAUUGAGGCAGUUCUGAAGGCAAAAGGGGGUCCAACCCGUUACUAGCAUGGUGUACCUAAUAAAGUGGCCGGUGAGUGUAUAUCUUAAGUUCUGGUUUAUUGCUUUACAGCUCUUCUUUAAAUACAGUUUGGUCUUGACUUUGCAGUAAGAGGUUUUUUCAAGAAAACAAAAAGAAAACAUCUGCACAAUUUCUCACUUACAAAAACAUUUAUUUGUAACUUUUUUGUCCUUAACUUUAUUUGAGAAAGGACAGAGCCUCAUAAAAAAAGCUGCGUCUUUGGGAAAAGUAAUGCCAAGCAAACGUUUGAACUCUCUUCCUCUCUGUGCCCUGGCUGUUUAAAAUCAUUCACGUGUUCAUCUCCUCUGUGACUCUACACUGUACAGAUGCAGAGGUCGGGUCUAGCUGAAGGGGACAGUAUAAUGACAGGUACCAUGUCCUUGUAGCAUGUCUCAUUUUCAGUCUGGGAUGAGCGAAGACAGAUGCACAUGUUCCAGAUGAUGUUGGGGACAGAUGGCAAGUGUCGUUUGCUGUGUUCGUUUUGCGCCACCAAACGGGCCGAGCACAUCUUGCCUGGCACUGAACACAAGCAGCAGCAACAGCUGUGGAGCAGUGUGUACCUGUCAGUCAGCAGCCGAGCAGCAACAUAAGAGCUUCAUUUAGCCUCCCGGUGUCUUUUACAGGUCCCUGUGGGUAAACACAGACUUAAAUCUCAGAGUAGAGGAGAGGACAAAGCAGGGCGGGGAAGGUGAGUGCAGCUGCAACCAGUUCUAAAGAGGAUGUUCAGCGAAGGACAACAAGGAUUGGAACGGGAAAUGGAAAAAAGUUUGAGCUUUUCAGCGUUUUUUUUUUUGUGUGUGUGUUUGUUUUUUUGACUAAAACUAUUUAAUUCAUUUAAACCUGUGAAUCAAGGUCCAGAUGGACAACGUCACAACCAGGUACUCAGUAAAAAUCAUGUGCAGCACACAGAAACCCCCUCUGCAAAUAAAAGGCAAAGCAAGGCGACUUGAUUUGUAUAGCACCAUUCAUACACAAGGCAAUUCAUAGUGCUUUCCAGAUAAAAGGAAAUACAUUGGAAAUGAAAAAAGAGAUUAAGACUAUUUAAAAUCUAUGGAAGACGAGAACAGCCAUAGAUUUUUCUUUUUUUAAUGCACUGUUAUCUCAUGAUAACGACUUAUGAUCUCGUUAUCUCCAUAUUACAAAGUUUGUUUUUUCGUGAUAGUGGAAAUGGCAUUUUGGCCGACCUCAAAUGGUGACUUUUAAAAAUGCCCUCCAGGUUGUGAUAUUUCUGAAACACCACAGCCACCAUUAUCAACAGCAACCUGGUUUUCAAUGAACUCUUAACUCAUACAUGAACUCAUACACAUUGGCCCUCAUUUAUCAAGCUUGCGUACGGCAGAAAACUUGCAUAGACCUUGCGUAUGAAAAUUUUGACGUGACUAUUUAUUCAGUGAUAAAAAUCCAAUAGAAAUCCAUAAAAAUGUGCCUCAGGGGCAGCAACACACCAUUUGGUGAGGUUAAUAACUAUUUUUGUUCAGCCUCUGUCAGAUUCUCCAGUCUGCUCUACAUUACAAAGACGCAACAAAUUAAAACUAAAUACUUUCAAUAAUAGGAGAAACGUACCCUAUGUCAUACCUAUUAAAAAAAAUAUGAGCAUCAUGGGCAACUUAUUGACUAAUGAUUUAUUUAAACUUCAGCCACUGUCCGCUAUUCCGUGGCAGCGCUGUUCACCGCCACCAUAGUCCUGCUCCAGACAGGAGUUUUCUGGACUGCCUUUAGACCAGGUUUAAUGCUUCCAAAGAGAAAUCAUUGUUAGUUUCCACCACAGAUGUAAGAACAUCCACUUUCAGCUCGAAAAAGUUUCAGUUUUCUGGACUGUCUUUAGACCAGGUUUAAUGCUUCCAAAGAGAAAAUCCUUGUAAGUUUCCACAACAGAUGUGAGAAUAUCCACUUUCAGCUCAAAAAAGUUUCAAAUCUCUCUAAUAUUUCUUCUCUUUCAUGUUUGACCUCAGUGGGUGAGGCUUCCGAACCACGAAUAUUUAAGGGCGUAAACAUGUUAAUGACGAUCGAUUUCAGCCACCGCAUUUAUCAAGAUCCGAUCAUACAUACGCUGGGAUUGGUCAGAUACGAACCCGUUCAUAAAUCUCACGUAUUUUCUAUCAUAGGAUGAAUCCUUCGUUCAGAUCUGUGCUCAGAUCUGCGCAAGCUUGAUAAAUGAGGGCCAUUAAACUUUCAAUGAUUCUUUCACACAUGGCAUUUCAAUGCCCCCCCUCGCCCCAGUCCACCUUAAUUGGGCUCAGGUCCAGAGAAGUCUCUGGAUCACGUUUAGAUGAUGGUUUGGGAGUUGUGUGACUGCAGGGCUUUACAGGAAGUAGAAAACUUCUCUUCCCGCAGAAAUUUUUCGGCCCUGAUAACACAGUAGAGAGUGAAGCCAAAAAUCCUUAUUUUUUUUCUUGCAUUGAAGCCUGAGCCGUCACUGAGACCUAAGGGACAUUUGGACAGAUGGAUGGACCACCUCCUUAUUCCUCCCUUUCUGCUGUAGCACGCUAAACCAGUCCCUUGUUUUUCUGAGGUUUGAUGUACUUCUCUGUUGUCACACUCCACUUUUCUGUUAUUAUCUGAGGAAAUUUUUGCUACCUGCUCUAGUGAAACAUGAGAAUCAGGACCAGGACCUGAUGAUUACUUGGAGGAGUUUCUCUUGAUGGGGGCUCAGCACUUAGGACCUACUCUGCAGGAACCUGGCUCUGUGGCUGGUCCAAUCAAAGGGCUGCACCUGGUCCUUCAUUUGCUCUUCCUCUUUGUCUCUGAGCUCUGUUGGCAGGUUCACACAGGAAGUCCAAUGAAUUACAAAUUGCCAGGCCUGUGCCACCGCUGAUAAUAACAUGCAAGAGCGAAGGAGAGAAGUUUAUUCAUGGAACAAUAGGAGCCGUCUCAUAUCAGAGCUAUGAAUAUAAAUGUGUGCUGACAUAAAGCUCUGGCUGUUGUGUCUUUUCUGCACCAAACUCUGCCUUGUUGUUUGGGCCUUUAAUUCCUGCUGUCUUAUCAAAGCUCUCUCUGUAUUUCAGUUGUUCUGGGUGUCAGUGCUUGAUGUUUGAGAAAGCAGAAGCUUCAUUGUCUCUAAAUAACACGGUACAGUGCCUGAGACAAUUGACUGAUAACAUGACAACACCAAAGAACCAGUGAAACAAAGACUGUUGUACAAGCUGGAACAAAGUUGUGGUUCAAAGAGUCAGAGCAGGUUUCUGCUGAUUACUGCCCUGCUGAUAGUGUUGUUGCUGCAGUAAAGGCUGUCAGUCUGUUGGCUGUCAGCAGGUCAUGACUGCAUGCACUCAUAGGGAAGGUUAGAUAAACAAUAAUAAGUAAGAUGGAAGGAAAAACUAUUGUUUCAAUAUUUUAUGAUCACAUCCUCUCUGAGAUUCACUCUUUCAAUGUCUGAAGGCCGAAAGUGGAGCGUGUCCUCGAUCCAAACAUGUUCAACACAGAAGCCCUGUUUGAAAAUAAAACCGAGCUCUGCAGUUUCGAAAACACAACAUUUGGUUUGGAUAUUGAAACAAAUUUCAAUUGGAGUGUGGUUGAUACAAAAAUAUGACUCAGCAGUUCAUGUGAGGCCCCCUGGCUCUGUGUGAAAUGGUGUCAGCAAGAGUUUGCUCCCCUAAACAAAGUGAAUCUGUUCUGGUGCGAUCUAGUGUGUUUGAGUCUUUUAUUUAACAUAUGCUCCUACAGUCAAAAACCUGUUUUUGUUUUUAUUGAAUUUAAACUCCAUACAGAGUGCAGGACACACUCCUGGACCUCAGGGAGCUCCUGUCUGUAAACACUCUGUGCUCACUCUGUAGGAUUGUCAUUGACUUGAAUGGCCUCCAGAAGUAAUCACUUCUUGUUGCAGGAAUAAAUAGAGCCAGCACAUCUUCACUCAUUAUGUUAUUUCAUUUCAGCAUGAAGGAUGUAUAAUCCAGUCACAGCACAGAUGCCAUUGUUUACAUCGGACGCCACUUGUAAGAGAGAUACUGAUCAGAGGGCAAGAGACCAACUUAACCGCUCUCUUAUUCACAGGAAGCUGCAGUUCAUUCUCAUACCACAGUUUACAUCAUUCAUAUUAUCAUAAGUGAAAGUCAGGAUACUGAGGAUAGUCACCAUAAUGGUGCAUUCACACAUAGUGCGAGUAAAAUCAUUAGCAAUGAUAGAAUCACAUGUUAAAUCAAUGCAAAGACACGAUUAGAUGCCCCUUUUACUUGGGUGGUGUGAACGAGGCGAAUUCCAGAGAGUUGAAAACAUCUCAACUCUAGCGAAUGUUCGAGUCUCGAUAACCAAUCAGCAUGGAGAUACCCCAGUGACAUAUGUCAACAACAGACUGGCAGAGAUCCAUUCGUGGAAAAUGAAGGACUAACUGAUUGCGAUAGUAUGCAGCCACCUGAGCUGGGGGAUGAAACUUGUCUGUGACUCUGAGACAGUAGUAAAAAAAAAAAGAUUCCGCUAGAGAAAAGUGAGUGAGGAAGUUUGAUCAUCACAAGUUAGUUAGGUAAGUUAUUUUAAACUCAACAGAUCCUCACAGUGUGAUGUUAACAGACUGACCUGACAUGUAGGAACACCUCCUCUCUGUGUCUCCUCUUCCAUAAUCACAGGUGUGUUGUAGGUUCUCUGCAGAUGUGAUUCACAACACGACACAGUCAUAUGCGUGCUAAGUAAGCUAUUCUCACAAGUAAAUACACUGAUGCAUUAAAAACAGACAGGACUCUGUGGUAGAAAUCACUAAAUGGACUCAAAAUUACUUUGUCAAAAACGUUUGUCUGGGAACACCGUUCAUGACUGCAUCCACAAAUGGGGUUAAAAGUGAACCACGCAAAGAGGAGACCAGAUAGAAACUGAAUCCAGAAACAUCAGUCUGUGGUUACUCAUGGCCAAGAAAUCAGUGAUGCUGCAGUAAGAGCCAGCUACCUUACAGCUGAUGAAACUGGACUGGCUUCAAAACUAUGAAGUGAGAGUAAAUUUGUGAAGACAGGCAUGCUGAAGGCUGCAGAGAUUGUGUGCUCUAAAAGUCCUCAGGCUUUUGCAAAUAUCAAUCUGACAGGAAACACAGUUGCAGACAGGAUUUCUGAUCUCUCUGGGGAUUUGGACAGCAAAUUGAAGCACAAAGUAAAGUCAUUUACUGAAUAUUCAAUAGGUUGUGCACCUGGCCAUAGUCAUCCGCGGAGUUGAUGACACGUUGACCGUCACUGAGGAGUUUGUGGAGUUAGUGCCAAUGAAGGACAUAACAACAGCAGCUGAUACUUUCACCACCCUCGAUGGAGUGCUGGACAGGGUCGGAGUGGACUGGUCCCACGCCAUAAAUGAUCGGGAAAAAGGCAAAUUCAGAGAGAAAGUACAGACUGCAAAUGGAGGACACGAUUUUUGGACUUAA